UGAGUAAAAAAAAAGGAAUGUGUAGUGACUUCUUUCUUUUCUUUUUGUUUCAACAUCAACAAAUACCUUUUCUCUGUAAAUGUUUAACAAUUUGAGGGCACGAUUGAAAACGUAGAAAAUGAGCUUCUCGAGUGAUGAAGUUAAUUUCUUAGUUUACCGCUACCUACAAGAAUCUGGUUUUCAUCAUUCCGCAUAUACCUUCGGCAUUGAGUCUCACAUUUCACAAAGCAACAUAAAUGGGGCUUUAGUACCUCCGGCGGCGUUGCUGAACAUACUUCAAAAGGGCCUACAGUAUACAGAAGCAGAAAUUACACUCGGAGAAGAUGGAUCUGAAACUCGUCUAACUGAGAGCCUUAGUUUAAUUGACGCAGUAACACCAGAUAUUGUUGCUGCCCGUCAAAAUGCACAUAAUGCACAAAAACAAGCUAUUAAAGCCGAGCCUGGCUCAGGAGGAGAACAACAAAAUGGUGUGGAGGGCACACCGUGUACCACGGCAACAACAACAGGGGGUGCUGCCACGCCCAGUGCUCCAGAGACCAUGGAUGUUGAUCAGUCCAUUGAAAUUCCUGCAAGCAAAGCCACUGUGCUCAGAGGUCACGAAUCUGAAGUGUUCAUUUGUGCAUGGAAUCCCAGCACUGACCUACUAGCCAGUGGUUCUGGUGACAGCACAGCAAGGAUUUGGGAUAUGUCCGAUAACCCUGCUACCACUCCAAAUCAGCUUGUACUGAGACAUUGCAUCCAAAAAGGUGGAGCAGAAGUGCCUAGCAACAAGGAUGUCACAUCAUUGGAUUGGAAUUGUGAUGGCAAUCUGCUGGCCACCGGAUCAUAUGAUGGCUAUGCUCGUAUAUGGACUACAGAUGGAACCCUGGCGUCUACAUUGGGUCAACAUAAGGGGCCCAUAUUUGCAUUGAAAUGGAACAAACGUGGAAAUUACAUUUUGAGUGCAGGAGUGGACAAAACUACUAUAAUUUGGGAUGCUGCAACUGGUCAAUGUACACAGCAGUUCUCGUUUCAUUUGGCUCCAGCACUGGAUGUAGAUUGGCAAACAAAUACUUCAUUUGCAUCAUGUUCUACUGAUCAGUGCAUCCAUGUAUGCAAGCUCAAUGCUGAUAAACCUAUCAAGAGCUUCCAAGGACAUACAAAUGAAGUAAAUGCUAUUAAGUGGGACCCACAAGGACAGUUGCUUGCAUCAUGUUCUGAUGAUAUGACCCUAAAAAUCUGGUCCAUGAAACAAGACACUUGUGUUCAUGAUUUGCAAGCACAUUCAAAAGAGAUUUACACCAUUAAAUGGUCACCAACUGGACCUGGAACUCAGAAUCCUAACAUGAAUUUAAUCUUGGCCAGUGCAUCCUUCGAUUCUACUGUGCGCUUGUGGGAUGUAGAAAGAGGAGCAUGUAUCCAUACCUUGACAAAACAUACAGAACCUGUAUACAGUGUUGCAUUUUCACCAGACGGCAAAUUCCUUGCCAGUGGUUCAUUUGAUAAAUGUGUACAUAUUUGGUCUACUCAGACUGGGGGACUGGUGCACUCAUACAAAGGCACAGGAGGAAUUUUCGAAGUAUGUUGGAAUUCCCGGGGUACUAAAGUUGGCGCGAGUGCUAGUGAUGGAAGUGUAUUUGUUUUAGAUUUACGCAAAUUGUAGUAAAUAGCUGGUGUUAGUGUUCACUGAAACACUAACAUGCCUAUGGACACGCCUUUUAAUGUAUUAACAUGAGCAGUGACUGCCACAGUUUGGUCACAUUGAAGGUAUUUCUAAGGUAAUGACUAAAGUUAUAUAAACUGAUAUAUUUCAAUACCUAGCACUAGUUGCAUAAGUAAUAACUAGCUCAUAAUGUGUAUUAAUUUCUUUACUUCUAACAAUAUUGUCCUAAUUAUAAGUAAUAUUACAUAAUUUUUUUUCAUAAAUUUUGUUUGGGGUAUUAACAUUAUUAUCAACUAUUAUAACUGAUAAUAUAAAAGCAAGGAAGAGCUUAGAUUGACAUUCCCAAAACAAAUUCAACUUACAUGUAAUUUAUUUUCUAUAUUUUUUGUAGAUUUACCAUGUUUUGCCCAUGGGUACUGUUUUGUUGGACUAGUCUGAUUUUUUUCCCAUAUUGGUUGACAGACCACAGAAAUUUAAUUUAGAAACCUCAGAGAAAUAGUUUUAGAUCAUUGAAUGCUUUGGAGAAACUAGCGAAUAUAAUUUAUUAUCUUUUAUUAGUUUAUUUUCCUUUUUAUUCCUAUACUAGCUAUUUAUUCAUUAUUUUCCGUUACACUGGUUGACUGCACAACAAAACCGUACUAAAGACAAAAAGGGAGAUUUACCAAUAGAUGUAUGAAAUAU